UAUAAGGAGGCGUGCCCGGAUAACAAGACUCAUUUUAAUUUUUCUACUGUUUCCGGUAAAUUCUCAGUAAUCUCCCUUCGAUUGGGCCAGAAUGUUUUUGAUGUGAGCUCGUCCAAAUUAUCAGUUAUACAAAGUCUAUCAAGAUAAUUUACAAUGACUACAGCAGCAAGGCCUACUUUUGAACCAGCCAGGGGUGGCAGAGGUAAAAAUGAAGGUGAUCUAAGUGCACUGUCAAAGCAGUACUCCAGCAGGGAUUUACCAUCACACACAAAACUAAAAUACAGACAAGAAGGUCAGGGUACCACUGAAGAAUUGAGAAGCCGUGACUUCAGACGAGAUCUUGAUGAUAGAGAAAAGAAUGUGAGAGAAAAAAGGGACAGAAAUAGAGAAUCUGGCAGCAGUAGUAGUAGCAGUAGCAGUAAGAGACAGAGAUUAGAACAGAUACCAGCCUCUAACCUGGAUGCAGAUGAUCCCAUAGAUGAUGAUGAUGAUGAUGACUCGUCUGAUGAUGAAGAUGAUGCUGCUGAAUUAAUGGCUGAAUUACAAAAGAUUAAAAAAGAAAGAGCUAAUGAAAAAGUUAGACUGGAUGUGGAGAGAAAAGCUGAGGAAGAAAGAAUCAGAACAGAGAAUAUCUUAAAAGGAAAUCCUCUCCUUAAUAAAGAUAAAGACAAAGGUGGAAACUUUAAUGUUAAAAGAAGAUGGGAUGACGAUGUUGUGUUCAAGAACUGUGCUAAAGGAGAGGAGAAGAAGUCAGCAUUCAUAAACGAUACACUUAGAUCUGAAUUUCAUAAAAAGUUCAUGGAGAAAUAUAUAAAAUAGUCAAAAGUGUUAAAUUUUAUAUUUUAUUGUGCAAAUGUAUACUUGGAUAUCAAACAGAGAAUGAUUUAGCAAGGCAUUCUGAAAAUAUGUUUUCAAAUCUCAACCUCUAUUUUUCAAGUUGAUUUGUAAUAAUUUAUUGGAUGAUACAGAAAUAAAGAUACAGGUACAUGUACCACAAAAUAAUAUUUUUACUUGUUUACAAUGGGAAAAUUUUAUUAUCUUAAAAUCUUUAAAAAAUUGUGUCUCCAUUUAUUUCUCAUGCCAUUGUUCAUCAUUCUAAUUUGUACGAGGGAACAAAUUAAUGGUAUUUAAAUUUCAUUCUUUUUAUUUCAUUUUUUUUACAUAUUGUGUUAGGAAAUCUUCAGAUGUAUACCUCUUUUGUUCAUAAAUGAAAACAAUGUCUUUGUUUAUCGUGUUUUAAAUCCCCGUAUCAUUGAUGUAUCAAUUAAGUUUCAUUUUACCAAACUUCAUAAUGAACAUAUAUUUCUGCUUGUGAAUACUGAUGUAAAUAUACAUGUAUGUAAAUAAAAUAGUGUUUUGUAAA